AACAGACACGAAUAUUGCGAAUGAUAUUAAGCAAGGAGAUAUUUGCUGCAAAAAGAGUACACCAUCUCUACCUACGCGAUCUAAAUAACACAACUAUGUGUGCAUCCAGAACAUAAUCUAUUUCACGUCUUAGUCUUUCUGAAACAAUUCACCCGUUGGCCUAAUCAGUCAGAUUGAAAUAUUAUGCAAUAAUGAAGAAAUCAAUUUCACCUAUACAUAUAAAUUGAUGAUCGUAAAAAAAGAUUAUUUUUAUUUCUAACUCUUCCGAACUUAUAGUGCUCUAGGAAAAAAUUUUCCUUUUGUCAUCCACUCUGGCUCAGCAAGUAAUAGAAAAGCAUGCCUCACCUCUCCGUCUUGCGUAAUUACAGCAAAACUUCGAAGACGCCUCGGCGUCCUUUCGAAAAGGAGCGUAUCGAUGCCGAAAUGCAACUCAUUGGCGAGUUCGGCUUGAAAAACAAGCGUGAGGUUUGGCGAGUACACUACACACUAACAAAAAUUCGAAAGGCUGCCAGAAUUUUGCUUACACUUGACGAGAAAGAUCCUCGCCGCAUUUUGGAAGGAAGUGCUCUCCUACGCCGUUUGUCACGCAUUGGUGUUCUUAAUGAAAGCCGCCUCAGGUUAGAUUUUGUCCUAGGGUUGACUGAAAGAGAUUUCCUAGAGCGUCGACUUCAAACCCUUGUUUUCAAAAGAGGGAUGGCAAGAAGUGUUCACCAUGCUAGAGUGCUUAUACAACAGAGGCAUAUUAGUGUUGGAAAACAACUCGUGAAUGUACCGUCCUUUAUAGUAAGGACCGAUUCAGAAAAGCAUAUUGAUUUUGCCUAUAAUUCGGCCUUUGGCGGCGGGCGCCCUGGCAGAGUCAAGAGAAGAAAGAUGAAGAAGGCUCUGACCGCGGAACAAGAAUCCCGAGCACCAGCCGAAGACGAAGAAUAAAAAUAAGCUAUAGGAUUAGAAAAAUAGUGAAUUGUCUCUACGCGCUUUUCUCCUACUUUGGUAGAUCCCUUUAAGGGUACUGAUCAUCAAAUGUUCAGACUAAAAUAGGCAAUAAAACAUGUUCUAGAAACUA